CUCAUUGGCAUCUCGUUCCAGGUGUUGCUAGUGGACGAUGAGUAGCACACGAAUCAUUCACUCUACCUCUGUUUCGACCCCGGCGCGUGCCACUGGGUCCGUCGUGUCAAAGCAGAGGGUGAAUACCCUGCUGAGGUCGCUUCUGCAGUCCUAUCUCAGGCAGCUUUCGGCCCACCCUUUACGUACGAAAUGUAUCACUGUCGGCAUCUUCAACUUCGUCCAAGAUAUUCUCGGGAAUCACAUUGCGGGCGUACCUCCUAGGCGUGUCCCCAAAGACGCGCCGUUGUACGAGAAGCUCGCGGCGCGCCUCAAACUCGAUUCGAGGGCCUUCAAGAUGCUGAUCUAUGGCUUUUUCGUGUCGGCGCCCCUCUCGCACUACACGACGGGCAUGCUGCAGCGUAUGUUCGCGGGCAGAACGAACACCUUCGCGGGCAAGGCAGCGCAGAUCCUCGCGAGCUUGCUCAUCUCGUCGCCCCUCACGGCGAUUUCAUACCUUUCGUGCACUGCUGUCAUCCAAGGCGCGAGGACGAAGCAGGAGAUCAUUGACUUCGUCAAACCUAGGUUUGCGGGCAUCAUCAAGAUAUCUCUGGUGUCAACGCCACUUGGCAUGAUUGUCGCACAAAACUUUUUACCUCCUGAGCUUUGGGUCCCAUGGUUCAACAGCAUCACUUUCGUCAUCGGGACUACUCUGAGUGUUAUGAUCAAGAAGGGAGCGAUUAAGCAGCGCCAGGAGCAGAAGAAGAAGGAAGGUAAGGAGGAGUAGGUUUGCACAAGCGUCGUGUUUCUCCAUGCUCUUCUGAAUGUAUAACGUACAUGGCUUCUCUUCUCCAAUACCAAUACCAAUUACAAUGGC